AUGUCAGUCACGAAACCCAUCCUCAUUUCAGGCUCCGGCCUCGCUUCAUUGCUACUGGCGCAAUCUCUCAAGCAGUCCAAGAUCCCUUUCAAGAUUUUUGAGCGCGAUGAAUCUUUCAUCUUUCGCGCCCAAGGGUACAGGCUCCGUCUUUCCGUGGAGGGUCUAGACGCUAUUGAAUCUGUUCUCCAUAAGAAGACAUGGCAGCAUUUUUGGGAUGCCUGCGGCAAGACGGGCGGUGGUGGAUAUCGUGCAUUCGAUGCAGUCACUGGCCAACAGACUGAGCAUGUCGUUGAGGAGAAGCUCUCAUCGCGAGACGGGAAGAUCGUUGGCAUUGCUAGAGGUGACAUGAGAAGAAUUUUCGCAGAGGGUUGCGAAGACAAUAUUGAGUGGUCCAAGAAUGUUACAGGCUACGAAUUAACCGACGAUGGUGUUCGCGCCAUCUUCUCCGACGGAACAAAGUCCAUCGAAGGAUCUAUGCUCGUCGGCGGUGAAGGCAUCUACUCAAAAGUUGCGAGACAAGUCUCAGGCGGGAAGUUGAGAGUCUACGACACUGGCGCGAGGGGUAUUCACGGCCAAGCACCAACAACAGCGUUCAAGCAGCUCGGGGAGGGAGUCUUCCGACUCCGCGACGAUACACGGCCCGACGGCCACGCCUUUCUCAUGACAAAUGUUCGCUCGGGAGAUAUGAACAACCCAGAUGUGAGCUUUGGCUGGACCAUGGGCGGAGCUCCAGGUGUCAUUCGCGCGCCGAACGACAACUACGCGAUUGUCGGAAAAGUCGCCGCUGACAUCGCAAAGUCAAUUGCUAAAGACUGGGACCCAAAGUUCAAGUCUCUAAUCGACAACAUGGAUGAGGGUGAAGCUGCGUUCUGGAAAAUCACCUGCUCGACGCCUUCAGGUGUCCCUGAGUGGAAGAAUGAGCCUCGCGUGACGGUCAUUGGCGAUGCAGCUCACUCGAUGACACCUGCGGGCGGGAUUGGUGCUAACACGGCUGUUCGUGAUUCAGCGCUGCUUGGACGAUUGCUGCGUGAAGCUGGCGGGUACAGUGCGGGUGUCACAGCUGCUUAUGAGAAGGAGAUGAGGGUCUAUGCCAGUGAAGCUGUUCAUCAGAGUUACUCCAUGGCUUCGCAGGGUUUUGGGAUCAAUAUCGAUGAGGAGACGACCCCAAUUGUCUGA